AUGACUGAUCUGUCCUCCCUGACAGGUGCCUGCCUCUGCGGGAACAUCACCUACCGCAUCGACCUCCCCGUUGAUCAGCCUGCUCCUCAGGUAAUCCUCUGCCACUGCACCAGCUGCAAACGUUACACCGGCUCAGGCUUCUCCUCGAACAUCGUGGUCCCCCUCUCGGCACUGCACUUCCUCACCGGCACGCCAAAGCUCUACAUGAGCGAGUCCGCCGUCAACGGGCUUAUCCGACGCCAGUUCUGCGGAGACUGCGGAUCGCCAUUGACCUCUGAGCCGAAGGAGGCGGAGGGGAAAUCGAUUGUCGUCAAGCCGGGGACUUUGGAUGAGGAGUCCAGGGAGAGGUGCGGUGCCCUGACGGCGGAGAUUUGGUAUCAUCGGAAAGAUAAGUGGGUGGAUCAGAUUGGGGCGGAGGGGGUGGUGAAGAUUAGUGGGAGUACGACUUAG